CUAAGCCUUCCCCUUUCUAUUUUUCUUUCCUCCCCUUCCCUUCUCAUCUCAUUUUCUUCCAUCCUUUCCUCUGCCGUCUAUCGCUUUCUCUCUGCCUCUCUGCGUUUUCCUCUCUCUCUCUCUCUCUGCCGCGCCGUACCUCAAUAUAUAUACACAAAGCCCUAAAGCCCCCUUCGCCGCCAUCCAGCCCGCCCGCCAUCGAUCCCUUCGCCGCGUCUUCUCUUUUGUCCAUUGUCGUCAAUUAUUGGGUUCUCAGGUAAUUACUUCCCGCCUCUUUCUCUCAGUCCGCGCCGCUCUUUCAACCCAAUUCUGGUUCUCUCUGAAUUACCCUGUUUGGUUACGGGGAAGGCUCUUAUUCGCCUCUUCGUCUCUGUGCUUCAGUUCAUAUUUUGGGGAAAGGAAUGCUCAAUUGAGCCGGGGAUGAUUCUGCGCUUCUCGCUUCUGUGUUAUCUAUAAUUUCGUGUUUCCUCGUCAUUCUUUUGGUUGUAGCUAUUGAUUUGUGUGUUUGUUAUAUUUUGAAUUCUCUGGGCCUGGGGCCUCUUAUUCCUGAUGUUCUGUGAUCUAAUAAAGGUGUUUCUCGUAAAAACCCAACAUUUGUGAUGGAUCGAUUCAUUGAUUUCUCGUGUUGAGCUGGAUUCAUUAGUUUUGCUCUGUCUGUUCCUAAUCAUCAUAGUAUUUUUGCGUUCUUCUUCUCUUGGGUGACAAAGUGCGGAUCUUCAUAUUUUUUGCUUGCUAGAUUUGUAACAUGAUGGGAUGAUGGGGUCUUCUUUUCAUUUUUAUUGAAGGGUUGAAUCUGUGCUCUGAAUUUGGUUUUGCUUCGUCUUGAGUUUUUUUAUCGGAAGGCUUUAUCUAUGGCAGCCCAGAUUUUACGGUCUUAAAUUUAUUUGUCCUUUUUAUUCAAUCGGGACUUCAAUUCUGUUGUUUUGUUUCAAUCUGUCAUGUUGUCUUCUAGUUUUUGCAAUCGGUUAAAGUAAAGCCAAGUUUGAAUCUGGCAUUCACUUUUUGCUUUAUCAUGCUGCAAUCUCCAAAACGUACUGAUUUUCUGUUCAGGGUGAAACCGUCAAAUUUGCUGCCUACUUUCUAAUGUUUGUGGAAGAGGGAACGUGGUAGUUUUUAUUCUUUGGCUUAUUGAUUGAAAGUCUCGUUGUUAUUGGAAAACUUUGUUCAGCUUUAGUACUUGGUCUAAUUGUUUUGUUUCUUCUUUCUUGUUGUGAAAACAGGAUGCUUGGCUGCCUGGGUAUUAUAGUGGAGGAGAUGUUUGGCUGCUAAUGCUCUUGCUGUAGUUUCUUGGGAAUUACUUAUAAAGACAACAAUGGAUCGGUGUGAUACAUCCGGCUUUGUUAGCGGGGGUUGCACAUGCUGGCUGGUCGACAUCUUCUAACUUAGUUUUGUAGCUGAUAUUUGCAACACCCAUAAGUCCGGUUUACUGUUUGUUGGUGUACAGUAUUUAGGUUAGGAAAAUUACUUCAAAAGUUGGGCGGCUGAUUGAUGGACAACAGGUUCCGGAACUUGGACUUUCCAGCUAAUCAUCCUUCAAAUGCAUUCAAGAUCAUGCAAUUUGGAGGAGUCAUUGGAGCUACCGAUUCCAGGGCCGAUACAGUUUUACGGCUAGAUUCCCUUGGUUCUGCUGCACCAUCUGUGCCACCCGCAAAGGGGAUGAAGCGGAAAUGGAGUUUAGUCAAUGAAUCAAUGAAUCAACGGAUUUUUGGCUCUUCAUUGUCUCUUGGGUUGGGCCGCUCAUCAAGUUCAUCAGAUAGCAAAGGAAGUUCUCUCAUGGGUUGCACUACAAUUUCAUCCGCCAAAGAAACCGACGAGGAGUCUUCCAUGGAUCUCGAGCUGGAUUUCUCCCUCCAUCUUGGCAAUGGAAAAACUUUCAACCCAAAGAAGGCUCUCACUUCACGUAGUAAAGCUUUGGAAUCCUUGUCCAAAGUUGACCUUGAAUUGAGUUUGUCAACCGGACCUGCAGAAUCCGAGAUAACAAGUCUCCAUGUUGUCUCCAAUCAUCACAAAAGUCCCCAUGCUGGUUCUACUUCGAUCGAGUUUCCCAAAGAAGUACCUCUUAUGGCUGGUGGGCCUUUCAGUUUUGGGCCCCAAUUGAUUCCAUUACAGAUUCCUUGCAACGAAGAUGGGGGCUUCCUUCUCAACAAAGUUCAUCAACCUAUCGUCCCCAUAGUUCCAGUUCCUUCAUCAAGUGUGGUAACACCAAAUGGCUCAGUCACUUCUACUUCUGGGAUUUCUCAGCGGUCUUUGCGUGGCUCGGGCUCUAAAACAUGUCAAAUUGAAGGAUGUGAGAAGGGGGCUAGAGGUGCUUCUGGCCGGUGCAUAUCCCAUGGUGGUGGUCGGAGGUGUCAGAAACAGGGAUGCCAUAAGGGAGCUGAGGGACGCACCGUGUACUGCAAGGCCCACGGAGGUGGUCGACGAUGUGAGUUCCUCGGAUGUACCAAAAGUGCAGAAGGCCGCACCGACUUUUGUAUCGCUCAUGGGGGUGGUCGGAGAUGUAGUCAUGAUGGUUGUAGUCGUGCUGCUAGAGGUAAAUCUGGGCUUUGCAUCCGUCAUGGUGGUGGGAAAAGAUGUCAGAAAGAGAAUUGCACAAAAUCUGCUGAAGGUCUUUCAGGUCUUUGCAUCUCUCAUGGAGGUGGUCGACGAUGUCAAGCACCUGAUUGUUCUAAGGGAGCUCAAGGAAGCACAAUGUUCUGCAAAGCACAUGGAGGAGGGAAGAGAUGCACAGCUGUAGGGUGCACUAAGGGAGCCGAGGGCAGCACACCUUUCUGCAAAGGUCAUGGGGGAGGGAAAAGGUGUGCUUUUCAAGGGGGCGGGAUUUGUACAAAGAGUGUCCAUGGUGGGACCAACUUUUGUGUCGCGCAUGGAGGAGGGAAGAGGUGUGCAGUUUCCGAGUGCACAAAGAGUGCAAGAGGAAGGACGGAUUAUUGUGUUCGUCAUGGUGGUGGGAAGAGGUGCAAGUUCGAAGGGUGUGGAAAGAGUGCGCAAGGAAGCACUGAUUUCUGCAAGGCGCAUGGAGGAGGGAAGAGGUGCUCGUGGGGCCAUCCUGGUUCGGGUAAUGUGGGUGAUGGUGGUGCUUGCAACUCUUUCGCCAGGGGCAAAACUGGUCUUUGUGUUCUUCACAGCGGAUUGGUGCAGGAUAAGAGAGUUCAUGGGGGUAUCACCUUGGGUACCAUGGUCCAAGAGGAUCCAAAAGCUCACAAGAGUGGCAAGAUGAAGGAAGUCGUAAUGACUCAUGAGGAUAUGGUUUUAGAUGUGGGAAAGAUGGGAGUUACUACUAAUGUCUCUUCAGAAGAUGGAACUAGCUCAGAGUUUGAAGAAUCUGGAGGGGAAGCAGACCAUUCAACAACACCAUCAUCUGCAACAGAAGGCAGGGUCCACGGUGGUAGUUUGAUGGCCAUGCUGCAAACUGGUUCUUCUUGUGCGAGCUCGAGCGGCAACCGCCAGCUUGAGCAGAGUAUUUCUUGCUCGGUACCUAUCAAGUGGAUGUGAUUCCUGAAUUUCUUGUUCCCAAAAUACCUGCUGUCUUAGUUCUCAUGUUUUGUUAUUUGGUCUGGAGUCUGCGUAGUUGCUGAACGCUUUUAAUCCCUUAAGCACUGAAUGUUUUGAUCGAAUGUUGAGGAACAUGUUGGGAAUUGGAAGCCCGUUUGUCAGAGUUGUGAUACCAAAGUAGGGUCUUAGUUAGCGUUCUGGGUCUGGGUAAGUACUUUGUGUUUGUGCUGUAAAUAUCUUCGUCAUAUAAACAAAUGUCCAGCAGGGGUUAGUGUGUCGGUCAGUUGUAUUUCUCUGUAAUGUAAGGGUUGGUCGUUGGUUUCAGAACAUUGUGGGUGGUGGUAAUAAAUCCUUGUAGUUGGUGUUAAUUUCCAAGGUUGCUGUGAUGCUUGAAUUUGGCUAUUGCAGCUCUGUCAGUUUCCAUUUGCUGUGGUGUGUGCAAAUCACAGGAAGCCAGAAGAUAUAAAGAUGGACUAGCGGGAUUGCUUCUGAAGAUGUGAUGAUUGUGAUACAGGUAAGAAAUGAAACUUGAGUGAAGUUAGAAAGUAGAAACGAAGUUGUUGAGGGGGAUAGAAAAUGAGCAGUCAGUAUAUGAUAAAGUAGAAAUAAGGAA